GAGGCUCCGUCUGGAAAAUCGUCAGGAAUAGGCACAUUUGGUCUAAGAAUAAUGACCGUUUUCUGUUCACAACGGAAGCCGUUUUAAGCCGGACGCGUAAUUACAGCUGAGCGGAGGAAGGCUGGCUCUCCGGUGCGGUGCAUAUAAACCCAGGCUCACAGUAUGGAGAAUUGCUGGAUGUUCACGGACUGCAUCUCCCCCCUCGAAGCUAAACGGCUGCUGCUUUAUUCUUUUAGCACAUCGCGUCUACUUUGAAACCGUGGCUUUAGUUAUCAGAUAUAAAAAGUCCGUUUUUUUUCUAGGUGCCACUGAACAAGUAAGCGUCUCUCUCUUUUUUUUAUUGUCCCGGUCUAGCCAACUCUGUGUGACCCGGUUUCUGCUGUUACAACCCGUUAAUAAGCAGCCGGUUGUCCUUUUCCUGAUACACAACUGUGGUCGGUUAGCUGCGACAGCUCAGCCGUGCCUUAACUGCCUCGUACUUCGAGGGGCAUGCCUGGAAACAAACUGUGAGCGUUUCUGUGUUAAGUUGGACAGCAGGCCGCUUGUUGCAAGUUUUCAACCAAAAUGAAAUCGCCCCUGGCUCCCGGCAUACGACUUAUCACAUCGUUUUCUCGAGAUAGUUGGUAUCGCAGUUUCAUCCUUUUCCUCACCUUCCUCUUCUACACAGCCUACCAUCUGUCACGGAAACCUAUCAGCAUUGUUAAGAGUGAGCUGCACAGAAACUGUUCCACAGUCAUUCGGCCAGCAGACCUUAACGUGACCAAUAAUGCUACCUGGUGUGACUGGGUGCCCUUUGACCAAGACAACUAUCAGACACUGUUUGGGGUCUUGGAUAACUGUUUCCUGGUUGCCUAUGCCAUCGGCAUGUUUUUCAGCGGGAUAUUUGGAGAGCGCCUGCCUCUGCGGUACUACCUCAGUGUUGGGAUGCUGACGAGUGGAUUGUUCACCUCUCUGUUUGGCCUUGGCUUCUACUGGAACAUCCACUCAUUAGGGUACUAUGCCUUCAUCCAGGUCAUGAACGGGCUGGUGCAGACCACUGGUUGGCCAGCAGUGGUAGCAUGUGUCGGCAACUGGUUUGGAAAGGGGAAGCGUGGAUUCAUCAUGGGUGUAUGGAACUCCCACACCUCAGUGGGAAACAUCCUGGGCUCGCUCAUCGCAGGAGUCUUUGUCUCCUCGGCGUGGGGAAUGUCCUUCAUUGUCCCGGGGAUCAUCAUCGCCUCCACUGGGAUCCUGUGCUUCUUCUUCCUGGUUGAGAAACCUGAAGACGUUAACUGCACUCCUCCUCAGCACCAUAGUGAUCAGGAUAGCGGUGAAGUGGAGCCUCUCUUGCAGAACUCGCACCACGUCAAUGUUGCCAUCUCUACUGAGCCUGCGGAGGCUGUCGAGGACCACACCGAGGCCAUUAGCUUCUGCAGGGCCCUCAGUAUACCUGGAGUGGUGGAGUUCUCUCUCUGUCUGCUCUUUGCCAAGCUGGUCAGCUACACUUUCCUGUACUGGCUUCCUCUCUACAUUUCCAAUGUUGCACAUUUUGAGGCAAAAGAGGCAGGAGACAUGUCAACACUGUUCGAUGUAGGAGGAAUUGUGGGAGGCAUUAUGGCAGGCCUGGUGUCUGACUACACCGGUGGGAGAGCGACAACUUGCUGCGUCAUGUUGAUUGCUGCUGCCCCCAUGCUUUUCCUAUAUAAUUAUAUUGGACAAAGGAGCCUUGGUACUACAAUUGGUAUGCUGCUGGUGUGUGGAGGCCUGGUGAACGGACCGUACGCCCUAAUCACUACUGCUGUAUCCGCUGACCUGGGGACACAUGAGAGUCUGAGAGGAAACUCCAGGGCAUUGUCAACAGUGACAGCAAUCAUUGACGGGACUGGAUCAAUAGGAGCUGCAUUGGGUCCUCUGUUAGCCGGUGUGAUCUCUCCCACUGGCUGGAACAACGUCUUCUACAUGCUCAUCUCCGCCGAUGUCUUGGCCUGCCUGUUUUUGUCCAGGCUUGUUUACAAGGAAGCUCAGGGUUGGUGUGGACGUGCUCCCCGCGUCAGAGGGUUCAAAGAAAUCUGAAUUACUCUCAAAAGCAAACUGGGAACCAAACACACAAAAGAGGGAAACAGUGCUGAAACUGACCUCACUGUACAGUGGACAACCUCUUUCCAUUGUGGCUGAAAGGAAACCGAGCCAUCAGUGGAAGAAUCAACGCACUAAACAGACGAUUGAAGCCUUCUUCUUAUUGUAAAACCGCGAGAAAUAUGUCUUUAUAAAGACAAAGCUUUUUUAUGACUAAUCUACUCACUAUGAUUUGUUUGUUUUCAUAUUCUUUUAUCAUUAAAGUGUAUAUACUGUGCCUUUUCUUAAUUUUGUCAUUUUCUGGUUUAUUGCUUACUGCGUCCCGACAAUACUCACCAUGCUGUUGCCACAUUUUUUUUAUUUAUGUGAUAUUUAGAUAUUAGAGUGUCAGAGAGGCUGAAUGGCUGAGUACAGUCCAACAUUCAGGGAAACACUGAGAAUGAGCCAGUUUUAAGUUAAGGAUAUUCUUUUCAUGUCUAAUAUAAUAAAUACAUAAAAACUGUAUCCCUCUCCAAAAAUCAGACCAGACCUCCUACCUCUAUCUUCAACUUUCAUCUAUGCCAAUUUCAUGAAUGAAAUUAUGAAUAAAAGCGGGCAAAAUGAGUGAAUGAAUCAAGCAAAAUGCGGUACAUAAAGCAUGUGAGGAAAAAUAAGAACUAGAUGAGACUCCCAAUUCAACCUUUUGUGCACUGUCUGAAUUUACAAGAAAGGCAGCAGGAUUCACAGAAUUUUAAAAUUGUAAAUAAAGUGUCAGUUAUGAUACUUUAAACCCAGAAAGGUAGGUUAUUUUAACCUCCCUCACUUAGCAUCAAUCAGCAGUAUGUAAACAUUUAAUGAAUGGUUUAUAACACACUAUAAUGCAUUUAUAAGCAGAUAAAAGUGGUUAUUAGUGUAUUUUGUCAGCCACUAUUAACUCCUGGAGGCUGCUGUAUAAACAGACAAUGAAUGACAAUAUAGUAAAUCACUGUUGUAAUAACAUAAAGUGUGUCUUCAUAUGAGAAGUUAUAAUUGUUGAAAAAU